CACUCGCUUAUAAGGAAGUGAACUCUGUGAAGCAGCAGUAAAACGUCCCUCCCUGCGUAUCUGUCAACAGGCAGCAUGAGAGUCCUCGUCCUGUUUGUGUGCCUGUCAGCGGGCUGCCUCGCUCAGAGACCACAACGAUGCACAUCCCCUCCACAGCUGACCGGAGACCUGUAUGUGGCUACCCAAAAUGAGAAGCUGCUGGCCUUCGCCAAGUACAGCUACGAUGCCCAGAGACAGCGCAUCCGCCUCACAGAGUCGGGGGUUUACAGCAAUGAGACCUUCCAGCUUGACGUACUUCUGCUCUACAGACAGCGUGUCAUGUAUAAGAUUAACUCCAAGAACCACACGUGCUACAAGAGGCCGCUGAAUGUGGACUUCCACCCACUGGCGGUCCCAAAGAACGCGUCCCUGCUGGCACAGGUUGUGCUGGGCGGCUCCUCUGGCCCGGGACAGGGAAUCCUGGUCAACACCUGGGCGGGAGAGCAGCAGAUGAAGGAGGGGAAAGCAGGGUACAUGAGCACUGUCACCGAGUUUGGAUGUAUUCCUGUCAGCACUCUGCUUCACACCAGCACAAAUGGAUGGAUGGUGACCAGCUUUUUUAACAACGUUGUCGGACUACUGGACCCUCAGCAGCUCAUCCCUCCACCUUUCUGCAAGGACGCGCAGCUGGAGGAAGAGGAGGGACAGGACCCAGCGACCUUCUUUAGCUUGUUUUAAAACACAAGGCUGUAUUUUAAAAUGUAUUGUGCACUGUGACCGUACGCGACUCUUUUGCACUGCAUUAUUACGUAUUUAGUGGCAGUCCUUGGUAAAGUAGCAGGUGGGUUAAAUUGAGGCCAUUUUUCAAUCAGCUUUAAAUAGUAGGUUUGUUGUGGGUUUAACAUUCUCUUAUUUGUAUAAACAACAGAUUAAGUGUACUUGUGUCAGACGUCAUUUACUUCAAAUACACAUGAAGAGAGAAACGAUAUGUACAAUAUCAUUUCACUUUAACGAAUACAAUAUACAAUUAGAAAAUAAAACCUAUUGGAGAUUUGUUUCAUUUUAUUUCCUUACCAUGAAUAAGUUACGGUAAUGACAUAUGAAUACUUGGUGUGAGCAAUAAAGAAAAAUGUUUUAACCAA